AUGGUCUCUUUCGAGAAGGAGGGCAGCUGGAGCCUGUGCUUCUCAGGCGCCGGCUUCCUGGGUCUCUACCACGUGGGCGUAAGCCACUGUCUGCGUGAGCGCGCCCCGCGCCUCCUCCAGGGCGCUCACCGCUUCUACGGCUCCUCGUCUGGAGCGCUCAACGCAGUCGCCUUGGCCUGUGGGAAGCCGGUCGACUUCUGCUGCUCCCAGGUUCUGGGCAUGGUCCAGGUCAUCAAGCGGCUGAGUCUGGGUGUCCUCCACCCGGCCUUCGCCCCCAUUGAGUACAUCAAGCUGAGGCUGCAAGAGCAUCUGCCUGCUAACGCACACAUCCUGGCCUCUAAUCGGCUGGGCAUCUCACUGACCCGCUGGCCCGACGGCAAGAACGUCAUAGUUACCCACUUCGCCACCCGCGACGAGCUUAUCCAGGCCUUGCUCUGUACCUUAUAUCUCCCUUUCUACUGUGGGGUGAUUCCCCCUGAAUUCAGAGGGGAGCGCUACUUCGAUGGCAGUAUGAGCAACAACCUGCCCUCAGAGGACCCCAACGCCACCAUCACCGUGGCUCCCCUCCACGGAACAGUGGACAUCUGUCCCCAAAGCACCUCAGCCAGCCUGCAUGAGCUAAACAUCUGCAACACCGUCUUACAGAUGUCCACCAAAAACUUCUUCCUGGGGUUCUGCUGCCUCUUCCCCCCUAGUCCUGAGACAUUGGCUGACAUCUGCAGACAAGGCUACCUGGACGCCCUGCGAUUCCUGGAGAGAAGGGGACUCAUCAAGGAGCCGAUACUGUGGGUUUUGGUGUCUAAGGAACCUCCAGCCCCCACAGAAGGGACCCAGGAUGCUGGCUGUGACGAGGGCAGGAAGGCAGGCCUGAAUCUCAACUGGGCAGUGCCCAAUGUGUUCAUCGAGGCCGUGGCCGACUUCAAGCAGCUUUCGCCAGAGCUGGAGGCUGCCCUGAGGAAGGCAUGUGCAAAGGACCCCAGCAUCUGGGCCCAAUUCUGGCAGUCAGGCCCUGGGCAGGUGCUGACAUACCUGUUGCUGCCCUGCACACUGCCCGUGGAGUAUGCCUACUUCCGGUCCAGGAGGAUUGUGGCGUGGCUGCCUGACGUGCCAGCGGAUCUGUGCUGGAUGCAGGGCCUGCUGAGGAGAUCGGCCCACGAGUUCUACUCCAGGAUAAAGGCCCAGCUCUUCAGGGCCGUCAGACUUCCGGCCACCAUGUCCUUUGCAGCAGGCCCCCUCCAGCCUGGGGCGGCUCCUCUGGUGGACUCAGCCCUGGAGCCCAGACCCACCCAGCAGACCUGA